AUGACGUGGAGCCUUUUUAACCCAAGUGUUGCUGGUGUGGCCCAAGGCUUACCUGCGCCAGUUCUCAAGCCCUGCAGGGAAGUCUCAAGCGGUAAACCCUCACGGAAGGCCAAUCAAUCUUCAUUUCAGACAAUCACUUCUCCUUUUUCCGAUAACAAUACUGCGCUGGCUGAGUGUGAAUCAAAAGCCUCAUGCUUACCACCUGGCUUGGUGGGUUUCUCUGACCAACACCUGUACAGUCUAGCGAAGUUACCAGGAUCAGCAGGCAGCCAAGGGAAUGACCAAUCCUUGUGGACUUGGAGAGCAAUGGAGAGGAUUCUCCAAAUGAUAUCGAAUCCAAGAUUAUUGGUCCUGCUGUGCUCACUUGGUGCCACAGGCAGAGGGAUCGCGGAUACAUCUUCCAGCCCAGGAGCCAAAUCAGAGCCUCGAAUUCCUGCCAACCCUAGAGAGUGUGUUCAAGUUGAGAUUCCUUUCCUACCAGAUGCUCUCCAGGAGAUGGAGAGGCGAGGUGACAGGAGUGACCCCAGCAAUCACAGUGACUGCAGCAAUGACAGCAACGACAACAACAAGGCGUAUCAGGAAAGUGGUGAUGAUGACCAUGACACUAGGUGGCCGCAGAAGCAGUGUAAGCCCUCAGCACGGUGGUCCUCCAAGCCUGCUGUCUCUUUCACAGUUUGCACAGGAGAUCCUUCCCCGACCGCUGUGACAAACAAUAAGGGGUCACAGAACCGGAUGAAGAAGUACGGCAAGCUUCCGGCCAGUGAUUCUCCCAAGUUGGUCUGUCCAGUCCCAGUCGAGAAAAACGGCUGUCUAUCGUGGCCGGUCUGCGUGUGUCGUUUGCCUCAGGACGACGCGCUGCUGAAGGAACUCAAGGAGAAGGGUGAGCCAUGGGGUGAGAUCGCCAAGCGCUUCCCCCGGGCAGAUCCAAGGCGACUCUGCAGGUGCGAAAACGAGGCUGCCGCUGAGCGAGGAUAUCUCAACAGCGGGUACUACUACAGGUAUCGGGUCGAUGUGACUCGGAAGGUGUGGCUGGUCGAAAACUACUGGAUUCCCGGAUCCGCGCGCGAGUGCCAAGGCAAUUCCGAAGUAUUUUGUUGCAUUGGGGUCCUACAUGGCAGCCGCAGAACGAUUUGA